CCUGCCGGACCUCGGAGGUGGGAAGAGGCCCGGGGCGAGUGACAGACAGACAGACUGACGCGGAUGGCUGCGGGGACGCGCUACGCCGGGAAGGUGGUGGUCGUGACCGGGGCCGCGCGCGGCAUCGGAGCCGGGAUCGCGCGUGCUUUCGUGGACAGCGGGGCCCAGGUGGUUAUCUGCGACAAGGACGAACCUGGGGGGCGGGCCUUGGAGCGGGAGCUGCCUGGAGCUGCCUUUAUCUUCUGUGACGUGACUCAGGAAGAAGAUGUGAAGACCCUGAUUUCCAGGACUAUUUGCCGCUUUGGCCGCCUGGAUUGUGUCGUCAACAAUGCUGGCUACCACCCACCCCCACAGUGGCCUGAGGAGACCUCUGCCGAGGGCUUCCGACAGCUGCUGGAGCUGAAUCUGCUGGGGACUUACACCUUGAUCAAGUUCGCCCUCCCCCACCUUCGGAAGAGCCGGGGGAACGUCAUCAACAUCUCCAGCCUGGUCGGGGCAAUUGGUCAGUCCCAGGCAGUUCCCUAUGUGGCCACCAAGGGGGCAGUAACAGCCAUGACUAAAGCCUUGGCCCUGGAUGAGAGUCAAUAUGGUGUCCGAAUCAACUGUAUCUCCCCAGGAAACAUCUGGACCCCACUGUGGGAGGAGCUGGCAGCCUUAACACCAGACCCCAAGGCCACAGUCCGAGAGGGCAUGUUGGCCCAGCCUCUGGGCCGCAUGGGCCAGCCAGCUGAAGUGGGGGCUGCUGCUGUGUUCCUGGCCUCCGAAGCCAACUUCUGCACAGGAAUUGAGCUGUUUGUGACUGGGGGCGCAGAGCUGGGGUACGGGUGCAAGGCCAGUGUGCACACCCCUACAGAUGCCCCCACUAUCCCUUCCUGAUUUCCCACAUUUCCAUUUGGGCCUCCCUGCCUAGGACUCUCCCACCCCAAACUGCAGCCUCUACCAUCUGCCUCCCACAUGGAGCCCUUAGACUACACCCACUUAGAAAUGUGCCCGUGUACCCUGCAGAUUCCCAUAAAAGCAAUUGGCAGCGAAAAAGAG